AAAUAAUAUAUUAUUAUUUUAGUAUUUAAUUUAUAUUAAUAUUAUUUUUCAGUCCUUUCGGCUUUAAAAAGGUAUGACACAGGUGAUAGAUUCCAUCUAUUUCUUUAUUUUCCCAUGUAUCGUAUGUUUGUAACAAUAAGAGGUACAAGGUUACUUAUGAAUUAUUGAUCUCUCUGGUACUUUGUCGAUGUGGGAUUUGUCUAAGGUAUUACAAAUACUUUCGAGGGAAAAAAAUAAAUAAAUAAUCUUUUCUUCCCCCAUUUUAGCCAACUGUGUUCCCUUCCCCAAAUCCCUAGCUCCCAAUUUUCCCAAAUCCAUACACUCAAGUUCCCAAUCUCAACUUCCUAAAAUUUGACAAUGAAGAUGAUUUAUUCGUCGGGUUGAAUCGUCGGCUCAACUUGAUAAAAUGAGACAGGAGAUAUAAUUUGCUAAAGUUUCAUGUUUCUGUACUAAGCUCUUCUUACUAAGCUCUUCCUUAAUUGUGCUAACUUGGCAUGUCAACGUGUUUUGUAUCUUGAACUUUCUAAGUUGUGACCAACCGACUAAUGAUGGAUGUACCUUUUGUAGUACUUCUCACUAGAGGACUGGACUCUUUACUUCUUGUUGUUGAGUUCUCCUAAAAGGUGGUUUAAUGUAACACUUUAGGCAAAUCCCACAUCGACAAACCACGGGAGAGAUCCAUACUUUAUAAGUAAGAAACCGAACCUAACUGACAAGAUGCGUUUUGCGGUGAAAUGAAAAAGUUCUUGUGAGAACUCCAAAGCCCAAAGUUAAACGUGCUCAGUGUGAAGUACUACAAGGAUGAGUGACCUUAUGGGAAGUCACCUUGAAUUGCACCCCAAGUCGAAAAUCGUGAGGGUCGAGACCCAAAGCCGACAAUAUUUUCGUCGAGAAAAGGUUCGGGAUGUUACAAGUGGUAUCAAAGUCACCCUACGUCCCUCUUGAACGAUGGUGGGGCAAACUUCAACAAGGGCAUUGAGCCCGGGGGGUAUGUUACACCUUAGGCGAAUCUCACAUCGACAAAGCACGGGAGAGAUCCGUGUUUCAUAAGUAAAAAACCGACCUUAACUGACAAGAUGCGUUUUGGACUUUUGGUACACAAAUGACAUAUCGAACAUCAUUGUAUAUAAAUGACAAUUUAUUGUUAUUCUCAGUGGCAUUUCUCCUUUAAAUAUUAAAGUGGUUUUCUUUUUUAUGAAAUCAGGAAUCUUUUUAGAUAAUUAAAUGUUACUAUGAGCAAUGGUAAUGUUUGAUAAAGUGGUUUUUUUUUAUGAAAUCAGGAAUCUUUUUAGAUAAUUAAAUUUUACUAUGAGCAAUGGUAAUGUUUGGCACACGAGCUAUGGGUUCAAAUUAUGCAGGUGAAGUACUUUCACCAUAGAGAGGGGAACAUCAUCAAAAUGAAAACCAACAACCAUUUAACAUGUGGAAGGCUAUCCUUAAAUCUAUGCCACUCAUGAAGAAAGCUACAUUGUAGAGUGUUCGUGAUGGGGAGACCACGGGCUUUUGGACACGCCCCUUAUUGGAUUGUGAUAUAAUCCUUGAAGAACAUUUGUUGUGCAAUCUUCCUGAAGACGAAAGAGAUUCCCCUAUGACCUAUUGGGUUACUAAGGAAUGUGAGUGGAACUGGGAGAGGAUGAGAACACCUCUUCCUCUUCCUCAUGAUAUUUUGUCUUACAUUGUAAUGAUGGAUGAUGCUCUUAAGCAUGAGUUGGGUGAUGAUCGAACGAUAUGAGAAAUUGAGAGAGACAACAAGUUUAGGCGUAGGUUAGCACACCAACUCAUUGCUGAUGAUAUGGAAGAGGAGGAGUACGAGUUUUUGAGAGAGCUUUGGAGAUGGAAAGGGCCUAGCAGAGUGAAGCACUUCCUGUGGCUUGUCCUCCACCAUCGACUCAUGACAAAUAAGGAAAGAGUGGAACACAAAUUGACCAUGAAUUGCAACUUCAAGCGAGGCAAUGGAUCUAAAAAGACAGUUGAGCACAUCUCGCGAGAUUGCAGGAGGACUAAGGGAGUCUAGAACUUCUUCAAAGACAAAGUCUCAACAAGGACUUCAAGAAAUGGAUGGUGUCAAAUAUGAAGGAUGAAGACAAUGGUGUCGAAUUUUGCAUUAUUUGUUGGAUUGUUUUGAAGCAAAUGAAUGAGGAAGUAUUGGAUGAGAAUAGAUUCACAACUCUAGGAACUAUGCAUAGAAUCUUGGCUUGGAUCCAAAUUUUGAUUCAAGCAAAGGAAAUGAAGAAAAAAUUAUUAUUUAAGGAUAAACUAGGAGAACUAGAAAAGAGACUGAAAUUGGAUGGAACCCAUCGAGAGAAGGAUGGAUACAACUCCAAUAUGAUGGUUCAGUUAACCCGUGAAUAUGAAAUGUUGUUGCAACAUGUCUUCUCAUAGAUUACUUGGGACGAUGCAAGGAAGCUUUCAUCUGCAAUCUUGGGACAAGCUCAAUCAGUUGAGCGGAGCUAAGAUGUGUUGCUGAGGGCUUAAAAUUGGCUUCGGAAACAGACUACAGGCAAAUCUAACUCAAGUUGGAUUCCUCCACUGCUGUCAACAUUAUUGGAAACAUUGCAAAGUAAAUUGGACAACUUUUGGAUCUUGAUUGAUUGGAAUGUAUCCCAUCUCAAAUGUGUAUAGAGAAAGCAAUUAUGUUGCUAAUAUUUUUGCUAGUAACAGUCGUGAUGUUUCUUUAGGCACACGUUCUUUUGAUGUGCACGACCCAAACUUAUAUUACCGGCUUAGGUAUAGUAUCAUAGACAUCACCAUAAAUCGUUCUAUAAAAUUAGGAUGAGAAUUUUUUUGGGAUAUUACUGUAACACUUUAGGCGAAUCCCACAUCGAUAAAGCACGGGAGAGAUCUAUUGUUCAUAAGUAGGAAACCGUCCUUAACUAACAAGACACGUUUUGGAGUGAAAUGGAGGAGUUCUUGUGAGAACUCUGAAGUUAAACGUGCUUAGUGUGGAGUACAACAAGGAUGGGUGACUGAUGACUUGAUAUAUACACAUGUUUUUGUCCACCAUUCUUACACCGUUUGAGUCUUAUCUCUCAUGUUUUAGGCCAAUUUCACGCUAGGUUGUUCUUGUUUGUGAUAUUUCAGGUCCUAGUACAUGAAUGAAGGUUUGGGAACGAGUUCGGGGUCGAUUGGACGAAGAUCACACGUUUGACGAGAAGCUGAGGAAGCCACACGGGCACGCCGAAAAACCCACACGGCCGUGUGACACCAAAUUGCACGGGCAAGCCACACUGGCCGUGUAAGGGAACCCAUGUGGUCGUGUGGAAAUUCCAGGGAACUCACACGGGCAGCCUGGAAAUCCACACGGCCGUGUGGUUUUGGCCGUGUAGCAUGCCUGAAGUCCACUUAUCGAAACGCCGCGUUUUGCACACUCACACGGGCAGCUGGGAAAGCCACGCGGCCGUGUGGCCUGGCCGUGUGGUAGGGAAUUUCUGGGUUUUAAACCAAAUUCGAGCCAAAGGAGGGGGAAUCGACUUUUUGGAGCAAAAACAGAGCCCUAAAGAGAGAAAGUGCGAAGAACACCUCCUAAGAGUGGUUUUGGAGCUGGGUUUCAUCAAUCAAGCUUGGAAAUCAUC